UUGUAGAACUGUUAUUUCCUAUCGCAUCCACGUGCACGGGUACCGGCUACGCGGCACCGUACGAAUGGCAACGUUUACAGUUCACAAUAACACGCCGUAGUUAGUGACCAGCUGUGUCGCGUGCUCGUGCUAACGCUGCGUGUUAUUGCUAUUAUGCAUAAUCUCGAUUUUUACGAACGUUUUAUUAUUUACAUAAGUCUCGAGCGCGGUGUCACAAGGACGCGUGUCAAUUGGGCUGCGCGCCUACUUAUAGGUGAUGCUAUUUCUAAACUGCUUAGCAUGCCUAGCUGCCACAGUGAUGGGUGCGGUAUUGCCGCCUCCCUGGGCAGAUCCAUCCCAGAAUCCGUGUGCUGCGGAACCAUCGGGUGGAUGGCAGCUACUUUUCUGGCCAGAAGAUAAGAAAUGUUAUCGGAUUUUUCAACGUGGAUAUCCAUGUCCGGAGACGAUGGAAUUAGUACCAAGACCAGACCGCAAAGGUUCCGCUGAAUGCGCGUGUCCGCCCGGAAGUGUCCGCAGUCCUCGUGAUUCGCGUUGCCAUCAACUGUUUCGACUCGGCGAUCCUUGCGACGAUGGUCAAUAUUUUGCACCCGGACCGGAAAGGGAAGACCGAGAAAGGUGGGGUACGUGUGAGGAUCCGUCACCUUGUGCUGAGAAAAAUGAACUUUUUUGGCCCAAAGACAAACGUUGUUAUCGUAAAUACACUAAGGGACCAUGCACUGAAGGACAUUUAUUAGUAUCUAGUGCUUACAAUGACUUGAUUGGUGACUGCAAGUGCGAAAACGUCCCAGAGCUUUCAACAUACUAUUGGGCGUCAACAGGUACGUGCCACGAGCAUUACACAAUGGGGCCGUGCCAGGAACGCGGUGGCAUAUUCCUGCCGGGCGGCCAAUGCGGAUGCGACCCAUCGUUACCGCAUUUCCACAACGGCACGGGCAAGUGUUACCAGCUGGGGGGCAUCGGCCCGUGUUCGCCGGGUCACCAGUUCCUCGUGCCGCCGGCCGGUUCAAAAGCGGAGUGCAUGUGCAAGGAAGGUUACAUCAAGUGGUUCGGUGACGGCGCGUGCUACAGACCGUACACGCGGGGCCCGUGCGCCGCGGGCAACAUGUACAGCGUGAAUACGACGGCCACCGGCAUGGCCGUAGGCUGCGUGGACGUACCGUGCACCGCGGGAAAGCUGUAUUUCCCGGGCGGCAAGGGGUGCCACCGGGUGGGCACGCAGGGCCCGUGCCCGGCCGGCCAGAUAGUUAUGUUCCAGGACACGGUCAAGACGUCCAUCGAGGGCGUCUCGUACCUGGGCAUGUGCGGCUGCGCAAACGCGGACGCCGCGCAGCAGACGUCCGCGGCCCGGUCGUUUUACGCGUCGUCGCCGUACGUGGCCGUCGACCCAGCGUUGACGUGCAAGCCGCCGCCGCCUCAAACGGCCGCUGCCAGAAAACUUGGCGGCAGUGUGGCGGCGGGCAAGCAUGCGGACGUCAUGCCGCCGCAGGACCCGUGCAGCCACCGGCGGGGCACGAUCGCGUGGAACGAUCUGUCGUGCAAGCAGCUAUAUAUGCAGGGGCCGUGCGACCCGGGUGAGUGGGUGGUACCGGAUCGCGGCAAGGGCACCAGGAGGGGCCGGGGCUGGAAGAUGGGCAAGUGCGAGUGCCGACCUGGGUUCACGGCCGUGCUGGUACCGGGUGACGCCAAUAACGCCACUGUGUGCCAGCCGCCGACCGUCACGCUAGCCAAGUUUCUGAAUAUGAGCGACGAGUUCAACAGGAACACGACCAAGACUACCGCGGUCAUUAUCACUGCAGACGACAACAACGAUGACAACGGUAACAACAAUGGAGUGCGAACACGGUAAAUCGAGUGAAACAUUAUGUACGGGGUGUUGAAAAGAGCUCGCAACCGAUUCGAAUUGAAAACAUGCGGCAAAAAUGUCCCAACAGCUUUUUGAGCACUCUAUAUUCUCUGUGUGCUGUCUAGUUGGUACGCGUUGGCUAUACGUAUGUGUAUAAACUUUACUAAUUUAUAUAUCAAUACAUGCAUACAUAAAAACGUCAAACGAACCUUAUCUUUAGAUUAAAAAACAUUAUAAGACUGCAACGUAUAUCCUUAUACAUUAUUAUAUUCAGUAUCAUAGAACAAAACUUUAUCACGCUUCGAUCGAUCAAUUUUACAUUAAAAAGGUUGGUAAAAUAAAUAUAUACGGCUUGCCAAUAUUUACAAUAAAGGAAAAAUUGAACAAAUUUACAUGACCGAUCUUUUACAAUAUUGUAUUUUUAAGUCAAACAUAAUACACAUGUAUCCGUAUUAAGUUUAAAAUCGCAUUCAAAUUUUUUUUUUUUUAAUUUUAUACAUUAUAGUACGACCAUACACAAUAUUUUACUCUAAUAAUUAUAUCGAACAUAUUACUAAAAUCUGUAAUUUAAUUUUCGUCAUA